CUCCACUUCGCCGUAGUAAAUUACGGCAUUGAUCUUAACGGCGAGUGCGGAUCUGUCUCUUGUGUUCGCCCUUUCUUCGACGGACCGACUUGGAGAAACCCUCGACAGAGAAGUAACUCCUCUCAUCCUGCAUGCGUCUGUGAGGACCCCUGGUCAUGUCCGUUUAGCUCCCCUGCGUGAUGCCUGAUCAUGACAGCACCACCCUCCUAACCAGACAGACCAAGCGCCGACGUGUCGACAUUGGGGUGAAAAGGACUGUGGGUAGCGCGAUAUUCACCCGCGCCAGGGAGACCCUGCUCGACAGCAUGAACCAAUCGCACAGCAUCGAUCAGGACGGAGACUGCUCGCUUGUCAGUCACGGCCAUGGGGGUACCAACGGUGACGGAGAGAAGUCAAAUGUUUUGAGGAAGUUGCUGAAGAGGGCCAACUCGUACGAAGACGCCAUAAUGCCUUUCCCUGGCGCGACCAUCAUCUCUCAGCUACUGAAGAAUAACAUGGGAAAGAAUGGAGGGAGUGACUCCGGCUUUCAGGGGAGUGGAGCUCUGUCCAGUGGAGGCUCAGAGAUCCAGGCAGAGGAUGUCUGCAGCAACUCCUCCCGUGACCAGGAUAGCCCCUCUGACUGCCUCUCUCCUGGGCCUCCUCUUCCCCCUCCGCCAUCCUCCUCCUCCUCCUUCGGGCGGCCACCACCUCCUUCGAGCCAAAAGGCUGUCGGAGUGAAGGCCCUUCGUGCAAGCGUGACGAGUGAAAAAUCAUCCCGGUAUGAGUUCACUCAACCCACUGGUCGGCCAAACGCUGCGACCCACAACGCAAGAAAGCGCAGCAACAACAGCAACAGCAGCAAUGACCACCGAGGAGACAGCAACAGUCACAACAUCAGCAGCCACGACCACAGGCGAAGUGACGGCCCUUCUUCCCUCCUGAGCUCUCCAGGUUCGCGGGUCGGUGUGGUCAGCGUUGGUGAGGUUUACAGGGAGAAUAAGAGAAAGCAGCGCCUGCCACAGCAGCAGCACAGCUUCACCCAGCUGGUGUGUUCAAGGCAGGAGCAGAGACAAGAAGAGAGACGGCAGCUCAAACUGCAACUGGAGGACAUGCAGAAACAGCUGCGUCAACUUCAGGAGAAGUUCUACCAGAUCUAUGACUCAGAGACAGAGGAAGAGGAAGAGAAUGGCGAGAGCGGAGAGGCCGACCGAGGUAGAGAAAGAGAGGAGGACGGCAACUUGUCAGAGGACAGUAUCCGAUCUGACGGCCUAGAGGAGAGGCACAGAGACAGAGGGCGACACAGCCAUGACGAUCUGUCUGAGCUAGACCCAGGUCUGUUCCUGGACCGGGCCCGAGCCCUCCUCAGAGAACAGGCCCUGAUAGAUGGAGAAAUGGAGGAGGAUGUGGACGGCAGGGAGGAGGAGGAAAGGAAUGGAGAAAGGGUGUUGAAGAGGAGAGGAGGAGCGGCAGGAGGAGGGGGAGGAGGAGGAAGGCAGUUAGCAGAGACCCUGAAGCAGGAGCUGAACUGUGCCGUGUCGCAAGUUGUCGACACCGUCGUCAAGGGCUUCUCCUCGCCCAAGCAGGCCGUCAGUCAUCAUCAUGGCUGCCACAGCAGCACGCCAGCUGCACCCUCCUCUUCCUCCAACUCAUCCUCUUCCUGUCCUCCACCUUUCGGUCCCCUCCCCUCCCUCACCCCAGACUCACGCUUUGGUGGUGGCGCCCUGGCCCUUAGUAUGAAUGGCGACGGCAGUCCCACUCCUAACUACCACUCCUCCAACCAGAGGCUGCACUGCUUCGGCGAUGUAAUCGUCCCAAGUCCGCUGGAUUCCUUCGGUGGUUUGAGCGGCAGACUGAGUGGUGUGCCAACACCCAACGACCAAACAGAGGCACUGCCGUUGGUGGUGCGCAAGAGUGGCGGAGGAGGUGGAGGAGAAAACACCAACCUCUCUUCUGCUCUUCCUCCUCCUCCUCACCAUCCCUCCCUACACCCUUCUCCCCUCACAGCCUCGCUCGGGUUUAGCCCUCCAUCAUUUCGCCACCCAUUCCCUCUUCCCCUUAUGGGGUAUCCCUUUCAAAACCCACUGGGGUCACACGGUGGUGGAGCUGGCUACCCUCCAGGGCCCAAAGACCACCAUCGGUCCUCCCCCGAUUCCAUGGACAUGACCCGGGAAACUGUCAGCCUCAGAACCAAAAUGGCAUCACUUGGAGGGGGCCACCUCAGUCACCACCACCAUCACCACCACCACAGGCAAAGCUCACCAAGCCAACAUGGGCCAGAGGGUCUGUCCCUGUCCCUCAUCAAAUCAGAGUGUGGGGACCUGCAAGACAUGUCCGACAUAUCGCCCUACUCAGGCAGCACCAUUCAGGAGGGCUUGUCUCCCAACCACCUGAAGAAGGCCAAGCUGAUGUUCUUCUACACCCGCUACCCUUCCUCCAACAUGCUCAAAAUGUUCUUCUCUGACGUCAAG